AUGCCAAUUACCAUUCUGCCUCCCGUGGUAGAGGACGUAGGUCCCUACGCUGACUCGGACGACUCCAUGUCAGUGGACUCAGAUGAAGACGUUGAAAUGGGCGGCGUCUCUCUGCCUCACAAGCGAUCCCGUCUACAAGGGUACUCGAAAAUCGGCACAGGAAUUGUCACACCAGGAGAAGUUGUCACAGAUGAUCCGCAAUGGAUGAGAGGUCACGGCACCUUUAUGAACCCGCUCUCAACAUCCAUCAUCGCCACUGUUGCCGGUACAGUUCAAAAAACGAAUAAGCUACUAUCCGUACAGCCCAUGCGCGCCCGCUACACCCCCGAGAUUGGAGACUUGGUCGUUGGUCGCAUUGUCGAAGUGCAAUCGCGGCGGUGGAAGGUCGAUAUCGCCGCGCCACUACUCGCUCAACUCCCUCUUUCCGCGAUUAACUUGCCCGGUGGAAUUCUGCGCCGACGAACGACCGCCGAUGAACUUCAGAUCCGCACAUUCUUCAGCGAGGGCGACCUUGUGAUGGCCGAGGUGCAGAGCGUGCACCAGGAUGGCUCAGCGUCACUACAUACCAGAUCUGUGAAGUACGGAAAGCUGCGCAAUGGUGUUUUCCUUGCUGUGACAGGAACCGGAGGCAGUGGAGCAUCCAGCUCCAGUGUGAAGGGUGGUCAUGGAGCUGGGCCUGCCGCAGGUAGCGCCCUUAGUGCACCUGGAGGCUCUGCUACUGGUGGUGUGGUGCGGUCACGGCGACAGAUGUUCACCAUCACCUGUUCCAACGGUGGCGGCGAAGUGGACAUCAUCCUUGGCGUGAACGGUUACAUUUACAUCUACAAGCAUGUUGAAGGUACGGAUGCUACAUCUUCGACCACAGAUAGUGUCACGAUCACUCGCAUGGAGGAGAUGGUCUCGAGCUCGAUCUACUCUAGCCAGAACGACGAUAUCCCACCACAGACCCGCCGCGAGAUUGCGCGGUUAACACAGUGCAUUCGGGUUUUGGUACAGAACAGUGUUCGUGUGGACGAAGACACUGUCAAAAGUGCCUACGAAGCUAGUCAGCAGGUGGAUCUGGAGGUUGGGGAUGAUGAGGAUGAGGAGGAUGAGUGGCGCCAAGAAGGUCGCGAGUAUCUCGAGGGUGUCAAGGCCCGACGAAUCAUCGAGCUGGUGGUUUCACAACAAUAG